CUGCCUUCUUCUUUUCUCCAUCUCAUCAUCUGCACGGAUCUUUCACUCGUCAUGGAGCUCAAUUCAUCAACCAAUAGGCAGGACGUGGAGAACCUGGCUCGCAACCUCUUCUCCCGCGACCCCAUCCUCUUCGAUGCCGUCCUCAACUCCCACUUUGCAUCUCACGCCCGCUACACCGGACACGCCCUCUCCAUUUCUGGCGUUUCCGCAAUUAAGCACGCGGCGUUCACCCUCAACUACCUCGACCUCGGCCGUGGGGCAGACAUCCGAUCUAAGGACGUGAGCUGGAGUCACAAGGACACGCGCGCCACAAUCAAGUCUACCCGCCACUUGCGUCCCUUGUUCUUCCCGCUCUUCACAAUUGCCGUGCCCGUCGAGACGGUCAUCCAGUUCCACCCUGACGGAUCCAGCAGGGGGUCCAGCCUUCUCUACGCGACAUACUGGGAGGAUCGAUGGCCUGCCUCGACAUUCCUCACCUCCCUCCCUCUCAUCGGAUUCUUGAUCUCCUCCAUCUUUACUCCUCUGGCCAGCUUGCUAGUCGUGGCGGUAUGCAACGCCUUCUUCCACCUGCACACCCACCUUGCCUCCCACUUGCGUCGCCGCGUCGAGCCCGCAGCGCAUGGCUACGCCAAGCGUGCCCACCAGGCUUUGCCUGCUGGAGCGAGGGACGCGGCUAGCGACGGAUUUCAGCGUGGAUCGACUGCUGCCACGGGGUACGCAGAGUCGGCGCUGCGCCUGGGCAAGCGCAUCUCGUAUGGCCCCCUGGUCGCCAUCGAAGGGAUCACGCAGACC